AUGGCCACCUCAACAUCCAAGGUCGUGGACAUCCACACCCACAUGUACCCGCCCGCCUAUGUCGAGCUCCUCGAGUCGCGCAAGAGCAUACCAUUCAUCAGGCGGUUCGAUGGCGCCAAGGACCCCCGGUACAUCAUCCUACCCUCAGAAGCAGAGUCUCUAGACAAGAUCACGGCAGCUGGGUCGUCAGCUUCGGCGAAUCUCCCCGGCAGACCAGUGACGUCGCACUACUCCUCGCUGGCCCAGAAGCUGCACUUCAUGGACACACACGGGAUCGACAUAUCCGUGAUCUCGCUCGCGAACCCGUGGCUGGACUUCGUGGCGUCCGAGGAAGCGGGCGAGACGGCCAAGUCGGUCAACCAGGAGUUCAGCAACAUGUGCGCGUCGUCGCCGGGCCGGCUCUUCUUCUUCGCCACGCUGCCCCUGACCGCGCCGCCCGAGACGCUGCUCGCGGCCAUCGGCCACAUCCGGGGCCUCAGGUACUGCCGGGGCGUGAUCCUGGGCACGUCGGGGCUCGGCAAGGGGCUCGACGACGGCGCCCUGGUGCCCGUGUUCCGCGCGCUGGCCGCCAACCGGCUGACCAUCUUCCUGCACCCGCACUACGGGCUGCCGAGCGAGGUCUGGGGCCCGCGCGCGAGCGCAGAGUACGGCCACGUGCUGCCGCUGGCGCUCGGCUUCCCCAUGGAGACGACCAUCGCCGUCGCGCGCAUGUACCUAGCUGGCGUCUUCGAUGCCGUGCCCGGCCUGAGGAUGCUGCUCGCCCACAGCGGCGGCACGCUGCCCUUCCUGGCGGGCCGCAUCGAGAGCUGCAUCGUGCACGACGGGCACCUGGUUUGCAGCGGAAAGGCGGGACCCGCGCGUCGCACCGUGUGGGAUGUCCUACGCGAGCAGAUCUACCUCGACGCAGUCAUCUACUCUGGAGUCGGGCUCCGGGCCGCCAUCGACGCCGGCGGCGGCGAGGACCGGCUGAUGUUCGGCACGGACCACCCCUUCUUCCCGCCGCUCAACAGCGACGAGCAGGGCGAGUGGGAGAGCAUGACGUGGAAUGCGACGGCCGUCAGCAAGGCGCUGGGGGACGGGAGCGAGGGCGCUAGGAAGGUCAUGGGUGGGAAUGCUGUCGGGGUGCUUCGCUUGUGGGAGGAUAGUUGA